AUGUCCUUAUCACAUGUCAUGACUCCACUGGGUUUCUGCUUCUGCGCCCCAAGUCUUCUCCUCACCGGACAAGUUCUGCUGGUGGUGAUCCAGGCGAAUCCCAUUGCGGAGUGGGUCCAGAACCCAGUUCGUUUGACUUCAGAACCCUGGGUAAGGACCAAACCCUGGUCUUGGCACCCCUCUGACCAAGCACCCAAAUCCCGGAAAGCUCAUCCAUCCGAAGCAGGCGCGGGGGCUCUUGAUUACCUGGGCUCCUCUGCUCCAUUCCAGAUGUUGUCCCCACCUCGGGAACUGAAGGACAGUUUUCUCUCAUUCCAAGCUACGGAUACCUCUGUGGCCUCUCACCCAGAGUCAGAUCAGUUCACUGUUCCACAUCAGCACUUGGCCAAGCAAAUGACUCCACCCAGGAAACCGCUGGAGAACAUUCCAAAGCUAAAUGGGGAUCAAAAUCAGUCUCCACAAUUCAAAAGUAUUUCCAGUCUAGAUCAGGCUGCAGAUGACCAGUUUUUUGAAAUACUUGAUCCGCCACUGGACAGUGAGAAUUCAAGCAUAACAAAGUUCAUAGCUUCACCCCAGAACUUAAAAAAAGACCUAGUUCAGCACAGUCCACUUGCUAAGGAGGUUGAUGGAACUACAAAACAAUCUGCAAAGCCUCAACUCCAAAAAAAAACUGUGGCAGAUGAGUAUAGGGAUCCAAAUAUGAAUGAAGCUUAUUCUAAUAGCUUACCUCUGCAAUCCCAGGUAAACGGAGAGGGGCCUCCAGAGCCUUCCGAGAAGACUGAACAGCUUGAAUACCUGCUGGAAGCACAAACUCAAGAGUCAGAGAAUCUUGAUAGGGUCCACGGAAGCCCAGAUCAUCUCCUACUGCUCCCUGAGGAAGAUGAACCUUCAGUCCCAAAGGAAAAACGAGUUCAACAUCAUUUCGAUUCUGAGAAAGUUGCAGCACUCAAGCAUCCUGACAGAAAUGCCCACUCUCCAAAGAGAAAUAAAGCUCACCACUCCAAAUUGCCAAAUGUCACAGUGAAGCCUGUGGAUCUGGAGGUUACAGUAAUUUCAGAGACAGAUAAGGAAACCCAACAUACUCUGAGCCGGCAGCAGGCCCCAGGCCAUCUUCCAGCGGAUCCUGAGGAAGUAGGACCUUCGUCAACCCAACAAGAUACCCUGGAACAGUUUUCAGGGGGUCCUGAGGAGAUAGAAACUUCAUUGACCCAUCAGGAGGCCACAGCUCCAAAUCCAGAGUUCUUGGAGGAGUUGGAACCUUCAUUAGUCCAAGAGGCCUUACUUGAGUCUUUAGAACUCGCUGAAGACCUUGAAGCAUCUGGUAGCCAGCUAGAAGUCCCAGCAGUACAUACAAAGCCCCCUGAAGAAGUCAAUCCUCCAAUUGAGCAAGAGGUUACAAUCCCAACUCCAGAACCCUCUGUGCCAAGUAUAAUUGAAAUUCCAGCAGCAACAGUUUCACAUCACAAUCAGGAUCAAGUCCACCAUUAUACUUUGCCCACGAUUACAGUCCAACCUGGAGAUGUGGAAGUUAUAAUAACUCCCAAACCUUUUAAGGAAGCUGAGCUAUCUCCGGUUCGGGAAAAGGCUCGGACUCCCGGUCUUCCUGUGAAAGCUGGACACUACAGCCUAGAGCAGCAGCCGGCUGUACCUUCUGAGUCUUCUGGGGAGGUUGAAUCAUCUGAAAGACCUGUGGAUUUGGAGCUUGCCAUAACUUCAGAGCCUACCAAGGAGCCCGAGUCUUCUCUAGCCCAGCAGGAGUUCUCCGUGCAUCCUUCAGAGUAUACUGGAGAGGGGGGUUCUUUUCACUACAAGCAGGAACAGCUGGUUCACCCUUCUAAGCUGGAAAUUCUCACUCAGACCUCAGAGCAUCAUCAUUUGACAAGUUCACCCUCAACUCACCAUCAAACUCACCAUUCAGGCUCGCCCGCUACCACUAUUAGACCUCCAGAUGUGCAGCUCACCAUAGCACAAAAUCCCACGGCAGAGGUGGAACCUCCUUCGGCACUUCAUGAGGUUGUGGGCAACCCAAUUGCAGUCUCAGACAAGGGUGUAAACACUUCUACAACUCAUCACACACAUCCGGCUGUAACUCCAGAGCCUUCGGAAGAAGUUGAACUCUUGUCAAAUCAAGAGGAGGCUCCAGUUCAAUCUGCAGAGCCUGUUCAGUAUGAGAAGCUUUCUCUAAGUCAGCAGGAGAGCACAGAUAAGAAUCCGGAGCUCCUAGAGGAAGAGACCACAACUCAGAUUACAGAACCACCUAGAGACGUUGUAGCUCCAGCCGCUCUGUAUCAGAAGAUGACAGUUCCAACACCAGGUCAGGAUGAAGAUGCACACUCAACAACCCUUCAGCCUGUGGGCCUGGAACUUACCGAAACUUCAGACUCCACUAGAGAGGCUGAACCUUAUAUAACCCUGGUGUUGACUACAGUUCCUUCUCCAAAGUACUCUCAGAUGACACUUCCAGAACAGGUUCUCUUUCAGCAUCUAAACCCAGCUGAAGUCACAGUUCAAUCUUUGGAUCUGGGACUUACCAUAACCUCACAGCCUGAUACUGAGAAAGAACUUUCUCAAACUACACAGGAGAGCACAACUCAGCUUAUAGAUCCACCAAAGGAAGUUGUCGCUCAAGCUCCAGUCUAUCAGGAAGUCACACUUCCAACAUCUAGUCAAGAUGCACUUGAGAAUCCAACCUUACCCAUCAUCACAUUUCGGCUUUUGGACCUGGAUCCAGAGCCUGCUAAAGAGGCUGACAAUUUAACAGCCUUGAAGGAGACUACAAUUCCUCCUCUAAAGUACCCGCAGGUGACACUUCCAGAACGGGUUCCCACUCAGCAUCCACACCCAAGUGAAGUUACAUUUCAACCUUUGGAUCUGGAACUUAGCAUGUCUCCACAAUCUACUCCUGAAGUAGAACUUUCUCAAACUGAACAGGAGACAAAAAUUCAGCCCUCAUAUUCAGCUAAAGAGGUGGUCACUCCAGAACCAGGGUACCCAGAAGUGACAGUUCCAACACCAGGUCAGGAUAAAACUGAGUAUCGAAUACUGCCUGCUGCCUCAUUUCAGCCUUUGGACCUGGAACUCACCAUAAGUUCAGAGCCUACAACCCCACACAAAAAUUUAAUUUUUCAAAUGAAACCAAAUGUCUCCACGAGCACCACCAUAUGUGACCUCUGCUUGUGUGAAAAUCACACACUGUUGUGUAACCAUCUCAGCGCAAAGCGGAGACUCCACCAGGUGCCUGUGCCAAGACCCAACACCCACAAGGGCACCCUAACUGUUUUAAACUUCCAUGGAAAUGUUAUUUCUUACAUUGACAAAAAUGUAUGGAAAGCAUACCGUUGGGCUGAGAAACUGAUUCUCAGUGAAAAUCACCUGACUGAAUUAUAUAAGGAGUCAUUCGAAGGCCUGCUAUCCCUCCAGGUUUUGGAUUUAUCUUGCAAUAAAAUACAUUACAUUGAAAGAAGGACAUUUGAGUCGUUACCUUUUUUGAAGUAUAUAAACCUUGGGUGCAAUUUACUCACUGAACUGAACUUUGGAACAUUUCAAGCAUGGCAUGGAAUGCAGUUUUUACAGCAGUUAAUCCUCAACCGUAAUCCUCUGACACUUGUCGAAGAUCCGUUCCUUUUUAAAUUGCCAACAUUAAAAUAUCUGGACCUGGGGGCCACACAGGUGCAACUGACAACGGUUGAAAACAUUCUCAUGAUGACUCUGGAGCUGGAACAUCUGAUCUUACCUAGCCGCAUGGCCUGCUGCCUCUGCAAAUUUAAAGCUGAUAUUGAGGUUAUCUGCAAGACAGUCAAACUGCGUUGUCAUACCGGAUGUCUGACCAACACCACACAUUGUCCAAUCUCUUGUUCUUUGACAGUUAAAGCAUCUAUAGGGGACCCAGAAGGAACGUUCAUGAAGGUGUUGCUGGCCCGGAAGGAGAAGAGCAGAGCCGAGCUCACUAUCGAACCAGAAAAGAGCUAUGCAGACCAAACCGAUCUUGGCUCUUUGGGCCUCAUGAAUGAACAGCUUGACUUUAACGAUGAAAGUGAUGUUAUUAGUGCCCUAAAUUACAUAUUGCCGUAUUUCUCAGAGGGGAAUCUGGAAGACGUGGUAUCGACAUUGUUACCAUUCAUUAAACUCCUGUUUUCCAAUAUACAAAAUGGAGAUAAUUCACUGGGACCCUUCCAAAAUGAUACAAAGAGCCUUACUCUUAAAUCGGUACCUAAGGCUAGUAAGUUGGCUUCUAAAAACAAAGUGAAUAAGCUUUAUUUUCUAGAAAACCUGUCAGAUGCAGAAAUCGAUGAGGUCAGAGAGAAAGAGAAAACUGCCAUGCUUGUACAUCGGUCGGGUCGUUUAGAUCCCAAAUUUAAACGACAGAUAUUUGAAAAGAGAUGGGAACCUGCCCAGGCUGAGGAAGACAAUCUUGCAGAGAUCAAGAAGGCAGAGACAAGGCUCCACAGCAUGAGCAGGGUCCCCAAGGGGACAGGAAGCAUACAGAAAAGGCACUUCAAGGAAGUGAGUGGCAAGAGCCUGUGGAGCAGGCAGAGCAUCCAGACCCCUGUGGAGAGCCUCUCCAAGGACAGGCAGCUCCAGAGCCCACCCUCAGUGGAGUUGCAGCAGCUCGGUCUGGAGCAGAGGCCCAGGGAGUUCCUGGGCAAUUCCUUCCCCUCAGAGCCCUUGCUCCCAAAGGAACACGGGGAGGAACUCCCUUCUUCUCCAGAACCACCCCUGCUGGACAAGGCUCCCACCACAAACUCUCUACCCGAGUUCAUAGACAGACGAAAAGACUUGUCUUACACCAUCUAUGUUUUAGAAAGUGCAAACGCUAAUGUGAAGAGAACGAAGGGUUCUAACCCAAGUUUACAACCUGAAGCGAGGCAUCGAAACCUUAGGAAGAAAAAAUCUCAUUUCCAGUUGAUUGCAAAGAGGCCAGCAGCAUCCUCUGCCGUGAGGAGCCUGGUAAGUUCCCCUGCACGAGGGGUCUUUUCAUCUUUAGGAGACCCGAGGUACCCAGAAAGGCACUUUUCAGAAUUAUAUGCUGCUCCAGAGCCUUCUACAGAAAAGCCUCUUGAAGAAAAUCAGGCUGCAACAGAUAAUUUUAAAGAAAAUAAUCUCAAACAAAUUGUCACUGUGCCUAAAGAAACUGCAUCAGAAAAUAAACCUCCUGAGAAUCCCACUGCAGAUUCUAAUGUGUCGACGACAUCCAACUUAAUUCCAACUGUUCAGCAAACCAGCAAGCCACAGUCGAUCUUCACUGUGGGGGCGGAUACACAUGCCCAUCUCACUGAAGUUGCUUACCCAUCGCUGAUGUCCCCAGGGGAACAGUUUGAAUCUCAUCUCAACCAGCAGCUGCGGCCCCUCAUCCCCAACAACGAUGUGAGGAGGCUCAUCUCUCACGUUAUCAGGAUUUUGAAGAUGGACUGCUCUGACACGCGUGUGCAACUGUCCUGUGCUAAGCUCAUCUCCAGAACAGGCCUCCUGAUGAAGCUCCUCAGUGAGCAGCAGGAUUUCAAGCUGUCCAGGGCCGCCUGGGAUACAGACCCGUGGAAAACUGAGAACUACAUCAACGAGAGCAUAGAAACCCAAGGCGAAAUGAAGAGUCUGGAACCAAAUCAGCUCACAAAAGCAGUUCCAGGAUAUGGCUACAACAACAAGGUCAUCUUGACGAUAUCUGUGACCGUCGUAGUGACAGUUUUGAUUAUCAUUUUCUGUCUCAUUGAGAUUUAUUAUCGUAGAACAGCAAAAGAGAGAGAUGAAGAAAAGUCCUCAAGGUGUAAGGAAAACUACUACAAGAUCGCUGAGAGUCAGGAUGGGUUUUUCUGGCUAAGGUGCCCACUGUGGCUUAGAGACAUGUAUAGGCCUCUGCACGACACCCGAAAGAAAAACAUGGCUCAAGACCUACAGGACAAGGAGUCGUCUGGAGAGGAGGAGAUUUUCAAUAAGGAUGUACCAAGGCAAUUCGACUGGAUUCCAGAGAAAAAGAGGGGCAGCAAGGGCGCCUCCUGGAAUGACUUCUCCCUGAAGUACUUCUUAGGCUGUCAUGGCUACUCUGGGAGGGAUUUUGAGGGUGCCUCCUUGAGGGACUGUGAGUGCUCCUACCUGAAGUACUUCGAAGGCUACUCCAUGAGCAACUGUAACUGCUACUCUGGGAGGGAUUUUGAAGGUGCCUCCUUGAGGGACUUAGAGGGUUCCUUCUUGAAGGACUGUGAGGACUUUUCCUUGAUGGGCUGUGUGGGGUCCUUGAGUGACUGUGAGGGCUCCUCCUUGGACUACAUGGGGUCCUCCAUGAGGGACUGUGAGGGCUCAUCCUUGAAGGACUUCGAAGGGUACUCCAUGAGCGACUGUGAUGGCUACUCCCAGAGGGAUUUUGAGGGUGUCUCCUUGAGGGACUGUGAGGACUUCUUGAGGAACUUCGAGGAGUUCUCCUUGAGGGUCUGA